AUGAGUGAUCUUGUUGCAUCCUCCUUCCAAGGUUUUAUGACAAGCUCAGCUGGCAAGAACAGCAUGAUUUUAGAUGACUGCUUGUAUCCAUCACCACAAAGAUGGCAUGAGAACACGCUUGAAGAGACACUCCCCAAUGUCGACCCGAUUGUAUACUCAUCUCGUACGAGCAUGUCUUUUGAUAUCAACCACAACACGCCACUCUUCGAUCUUAGCUUCAUCGGUACACGAUCUUGCCUAGAAUUAUCUCAAACCGGAAAUGACAUGCGUCUCAUUGACUUCGGGUAUGGGUAUCAGCAACGUAACCUUGCCGUACAAACGAUUCUCAGUCCCCAGUCGGACUACAAUACUACUCGAGAUCGACACCUGAAGAUCGCCCCAGAUCCAAGUUGUGAAAAAGCCUCCAGGGGCUCUAAGUCUCGCGGUACAUACCACAGCAACCGUAUUCUUUGUUCUUUCUCCAACUGUUCUUCGACCUUUGCACGUCGAGGAGAUCUGGUUCGCCAUCAGAAAUCUCUUCAUUGCCCCAAGACACCAUGUAUCUACUCGUCAAUGGGCUGUUCAUAUCAGACUGGUCGACUUGACAAGAUGAAGGAGCAUACAAAGAAAAAGCAUCCUACCAUACCUCAUUCCGAUUGCGUAGAUAUAAGCAAUCAUCAACAGGCUAAAACCGAAAGUUCGUUACACUCUGAGAUCUAUCAUUUGCCAGAAAGUGAGGUUGAAUGGGUACCGGAAACAUGCGAUUUGAGCGCGUUUGUGUAG